AUGGGCGCGCUCGUGCGGCGGAGGCUUGGCCUCGCGGUGACGCGCGCUGCGGCGUUUGGGCUGCGACGUGCUGUCAACCGCCCAGUUGGCGCCGGCUCGCUCGCUCGCUCGGGAUCUGGCGGGAUCGGCACCGAGGCGAGUCGACAUUGCUCCGAGCACAAUCUCGAGCAGCGCGGUGCUGUCGGGAACGCGCCGGCGGAACACGAACCAGGCAGCCGCUGGCCCCAGGCCGCCUAUCUUGGCCAACACAGCUCACAGGCGGGCAUGAGCGCGUGA